AUGCCAGAGCGUAGAUCACUCGGUUUACAUGAAUCUGCUAAGCCACUUCGUACCCUUCAGCGUUCCCUUUUUCGGGCGGUUACCCAGAGUGUCAGGGGAACUCAGGCUAACGGCGGCUCCACUACGCCGCCACCUGUGGUUGGGGCAUCAGUUGAGGGAAAAGAAUGCAAUGACACCUGGAGUUCCCUCCUCAGACGUGAGUUUGUAAAACAUAUUGAAUGUGCGUGUGACGGAUCAAUCGAGGAGGGAUCUGACGCGAAGUCUAAAGCGGAAGCCGGUUUAAAUGGUACAGUUGUGACGCCACCCUUCACUAGGGAUAACAUGCUUAGUGCGCUCGGGUUGAUCAUCAGCCGGCAAAAUUUAGCGCUCGAACAUCUCCAGCACGAAGUUAUUGAGGCCCGCCUGCAAGAGGACAAGGAACGAAGGCCUCCGCCGCGAGCCAACACCCCCUUGGCAGGGGCUGACCUCAAUGACACGGACCUCAGUACCGAGGACGCUGUCUUACAGACCAAAGGAUACCUCGAGAACACCAUGGUUGCUACCGUUUUGCAGUCGCUGCUUGCCCCAACCCAGUCUCGCUGGCAAGAGUUUUUGACUAAUCGUAUCAGUAAGGUGCGUGAACUAGAGGUUGGCACUGAGAAACCCCUACAUGAACUGGCAGAUGAGGCGCAGGCAGCCAGUAUCAGUCUUCCUACGCCUGAUGAGCUUCUGCAGUGCCUGGUGGAUGGUCUCAAUAGUGAGGAGGCACGUCUCCUUGUGGUAAAUAACUGGGAUAUUGAGGUAUGCGAUACAGGCAUUGAUCCCUAUGGGCUGAUGACGGUUUUUCAUCCUCACAUACAGGUGCUUGCACAGUAUCCCAACAUUGUUCCAAGCCUGCGGCGCCUGAGGCGCUGUUUUUCAGAUCUUCAUCCCCAAUUAACGUCGAGUACAGUCAACCCAGCAGGUCGAGACUGGUUAAUAGACCCCUCCCUUGUUAUUGCAGAAGACCAGCUUGAUCGUCUGUUGCAAGACAACGAUAACAUGGUAGUUGCUGCCAUUUUACGUGAAGGUGUACACCCCUUCUUGCGCCGCAUCGUGUAUGCACGCGCUCUUGGCUUGCGCCUGUCCGUUACGCACGGCGAUCCAAUCUGGAAUGCGCAGUCCGAUCCCCAGGCUCAUCCGUGUGUCGCUUCGUUACCAAGGUACCUGAGCUGUGCGACCAAAGACGCACGGGACAUGGUGAGCAGAUCCCACACGCGCUCCUCCCUUUACAAGGGUCAAAAACUCGAUGCUGCCAUCCUGCAGUCUCUUAUGCGCCAGGACGUUCGCCUGUCAGUCGGGGAUAGCGAUAAUUACUUCACGUAUGUCGACGACGUCGAGGUGUUAGCCGCGGUGAUCGUAGUGGAUAGACGCUUACCGAAUGUCAUGAUCAAAAAAGUGCUCACUCAGUUAGGCCGCGUGGAUAGUUCUCACGGGGAGAUGUUGGAUGGAUAUACAGUGUGCCUCCCGCAGCGUGAUGGUCUGCAACGUCUGCCCCAUCAUCCUCGCACCUUCUUCCCGUUGUCUAUGUCAAGCUCGCUUAUCGCACCUCUUGGCAACAUCACCAGUGACACGAUCGAGCAGUACGAACUAGUUACAGCAAUGUUCAGUCAGCUGUGGAUGCGUAUUCAGGGACCCACGCCGGAGCUUUUCCAAUGCUGCCUCAUUUUCGAGAAUCUGCUUGCGGAGUGCGCACCAUCGGCUGCUAUCCACGCAACUCAUCUCCUCCAGAGCUCUCCAUUGAUCUUCUUGCUGUCGUGGAUGCUAAAUGGCUUUGCAGAGAUUCUGGACCCUACUGAUGUGCUCCUUCUCUGGGACUGGGUGCUGGCGUACCAUGUAAAAGAAAUGCAACGCCGUAGUGUCCUGUCAAGUACAACCGGUCUGGCUUCUUACCUUGAUGAGUAUAGCGAAGAAAUCGAUAGCGAACAUGAUGAUGACUGCAAGAACGCUCUACCGUGUUCCUUGUGGUUGCUGCCGGUGCUGGCAGCUAGCCUAUUCGUUUUUCGUGCGCCACUGAUUCUUAAAUGCGAAACCCGCAGUGAGUUGGAGUCUCUCUUUGUGUUCGAGAGGCACAUUCGCUGUCGAAUCCUCAUCCAAUCUCUACUUUUUACGGAAAUGCUUGGCUAA